ACAGCCCCUCCCAGCCCAAAUAAGCCCACUACACAUACGCGCCCUCUCCUCCCACCGACCUCACUCCCCGCCCCCUUUGUUCCUCGACUCCCCUCUCCACGAAAACCGCCUGCGAUUGGCCUGGAAAGGUUCCCCUGUAACGCUAAUUCGUCGCGGGAAACCCCUUUGUCGCCUUUCUCCGACCGGGGCUUCAGUUCCUCGCCGCCCUCUCGAGCCGUCGACUCUGAUGGGUUUCUCCGCCGGAGUCCAGUAUCGCCUCCUCUCCCAUCGAGACGGUGCGUCGGGAGGGUCCAGGCCGUGAGCCUGGAGAAGGGGGAAGGAGCGGCACGGGAAUAGAGCGGGAGGAGUAGUACUAUAUCGCUCGCUUUCGGGAUCUGAGAACUGGGAGUGCAUUGGUGAUAAAGCCGUCACACGGCGAAUAUGUUACACCUACCGAAAGGCAAAGACGAGACCAGGGGGGCGCCAGAUUUGACUCGUCAAACUUUGACCACACCAUCGGACUCUCUCGUCUGCAUCGUUGUCGAAUCCAUUGGAAAGGCUUGGAGAAGAGUUGGGUCUCUCUUUAUUCGUCGUGGAAGGCGGAGGCUUCAGGGUCUUUUUCUGGUGAAGGGGUAUGGAUAAGUUUCUUGCUGACCAUGUCGUCGUCAUCGUCGUCCCCACGCACCAUCAAACUCCUAUGUAGUUCGAGCUGCACCUCCUUCGGCCGCUGCAGGAGUGCCAUGCAUGCAAGUGCUUGGGCCACCGUACCCAACUUCAAGUUGCAUGUACCAAGGAUGGUAGUCCAACCCACUCUUCUCCACCUCCCUGCAAGAUAGACAUGCUUUGCCAAGGCUAGUGUAUACUCUGUCGUGGAAGAUACCAUCGCUCUUUCUUUGAUCUCUCUAACUUCUUCACCAGGAACAGACCAACCCUGUUGAUUGUAUGCAGCGGAGGAACUUCGCGUUAGAGCAGCAGCUGUUUUGUCUUCCAGUUUUGGAGCGAGUUCUUAACGAGAAUCUCGCCUUCUCUCUCAUAUUAUUGGAGUUGGAGGUCGUUAUGGGUAAUUGCUCGUUUAGAGGGAAACCAUCCAUCUACAGAGCUUCAUCCGAUGGGAGAUCAGGAUCUCCAGAAGUUGAGAAUCCAUUGGUGAAAGAAGAGGAAAAGGAGGGUACAAAAUUGCCAUCAAACCCAGAAGAAGUGGAGGACUUGCGACGGGACACAGCAAUGAACCCCCUUGUUGUCUUCUCUUUCAGUGAACUCAAGAAAAUCACAGGGAAUUUUAAGCAGGACAACAUUUUGGGCAUCGGGGGAUUUGGUAGUGUAUACAAGGGUGUCAUCACUGAAGAACCUAGGGAGGGGCUUCAACCUCUUCAAGUAGCUGUGAAGGUCCAUGAUGGUGAUAAUAGCUACCAAGGUCACAGAGAAUGGCUGGCUGAGGUCAUAUUCCUCGGGCAGCUUUCUCAUCCAAAUUUGGUCAAAUUGAUUGGUUAUUGCUGCGAAGAUGAGCAUCGAGUCCUGGUGUAUGAGUUAAUGGAUCGGGGCAGUGUGGAAUUCAAUCUCUUCUCAAGAGUAGAAGCGCCCCUUCCGUGGUCGAUUAGAAUGAGAAUUGCGUUAGGUGCAGCAAAAGGGCUUGCUUUGCUCCAUGACACUGAAAAGCCAGUUAUAUACCGUGAUUUUAAAACUUCCAACAUUUUGCUAGAUCAGGAGUAUCAUGCAAAACUGUCUGAUUUUGGACUUGCAAAAGAUGGACCAGUAGGUGAUAAGUCUCAUGUUACUACCCGAAUAAUGGGAACUUACGGAUACGCAGCACCAGAGUAUAUCAUGACAGGGCAUUUGACCACCAUGAGUGAUGUUUACAGCUUCGGUAUGGUCCUCCUUGAGCUCCUCACCGGAAGGAAAUCACUGGACAAGUCUCGUCCAGUGCGAGAGCAGAUGCUUGCUGACUGGGCUGCACCAUUGCUUACACACAAGAAGAAAGUGUUGGGGAUCGUAGACCCCAGGUUGAGUGGAAAUUGUCCAGAUAAAGCCGUUCAAAAGAUAGCCAUGCUAGCUUACUACUGCCUCAACCGCAAUCCAAAGGCGAGGCCUCUUAUGAGAGACAUUGUCUGCUACUUAGAACCUCUUCAGAUAGCUGUGGAUGUCCCAGGCAUAGUGGCAUAGAUGAUUCAACUAGCAGCUCUAUGAGAUGAAAGUAUCGAACCAGAGUUUACACUGGUCUCUGAUGGUGCCAAUAUUGAGAGUAGUAGUAGCGGCGGACAAAGACAUUAAUUUCAGAGAUGAAUUCUUGACCAAUGUCUCAGAAAAAUGUCAAUUUUCUUCUGUCCAACCAUCAUUAAGUUUGAAUUGUUUACCACAAUCCAGUGGAAAAGCAGUAAAUUAUGGUUUGAAUAUUAAUCGAAUAGUAUCUGCCAACGGCAAAGCAUGUUGAGUAGAAUUUUCGCAACAAGAAGGUAAAAUUUUGGGUUUGAGCUUCUUAACCAUGCACAAGUUUGAAGCUGGUCAGUCUUAACUAGGUUUUCACUUCACCAAAGCCAAACAUCACAAGUUGUCUCUCCACCAAGCUUACAAGUUGACCUUUACCAGAACUGCUUCUGCUAUCAUAUCAGAAUGAAAAGUUUGUUUCCAUGUAGUUCAAGAUCUUUGUAACAGAAGAAGUGAAGAACUAUUUACUUCA